CCUCUCUUCCGCCUCAGUCAGUCGCUGUUGCCGCCGCCAUGGAGCAGAGGGAGCUGCAAGGGAACGGAGAUCAAGGGCGCGGUGCCUUCAACUGAGGAACCAAAGAAGGAAGGGAGGAAGGAAGGGAGGAAGGAGGCCGGCCAUGGAGGCGGCGGGGCUGGCCUUCCCCUGCUGGAGAGGCCCUUCUGAAGCCGACGAGGAGGAGGACGGAGCCCCGGGCUUGGAGAGCGGCUACCUGAGCCUCUCCAGGCGGGGCCCCGAGGAGAAGGACGCCGACGACGAGGAGGAGGAGGCCCGCCUGAAGGUGGACUUCUUCCGCAAGCUGGGCUACUCGGCAGCCGAGGUGGAAGGCGCGCUGCAGAAGCACGGCCCCGGCGCGGACACCAACACCGUCCUGGGCGCUUUGGUCCAGCACGGGGGCCCCGAGCAGCCGCCUCCGCAGCCGCAGCCGCCGCCCAAGAGGAAGGGGCCCGGGACCCCCACGUCCACGGGCCCCCAGGACACGCAGCCCGCCCCGCCGCCCCACAGCCCCGCCCAGGAGGGGGCCCAGCUCCGCCCCAUCGUCAUCGACGGCAGCAACGUCGCCAUGAGCCAUGGGGACAGAGACGUCUUCUCCUGCCGAGGCAUUCUGCUAGCGGUGAACUGGUUCCUUGACCGAGGGCACACCGACAUCACUGUCUUUGUGCCAUCUUGGAGGAAGGAGCAGCCGAGGCCGGACGCACCCAUUGCAGAUCAGGAAAUCCUUCUGGACCUGGAACGGAGGAAGAUCGUGGUCUUCACACCCUCACGGCGGGUGGGGGGCAAGCGGGUGGUCUGCUAUGACGACCGCUUCAUUGUCAAGCUGGCCUUCGAGUCGGACGGCGUGGUGGUCUCCAACGACACCUACCGGGACCUGCAGGCCGAGCGGAGCGAGUGGAAGAAGUUCAUCGAGGAGCGCCUGCUCAUGUACUCCUUCGUCAACGACAAGUUCAUGCCUCCAGAUGACCCGCUCGGGCGCCACGGACCCAGCCUGGACAACUUCCUCAGGAAGAAGCCGCUGGCUCCCGAACACAAGAAGCAGCAGUGUCCCUAUGGCAAGAAAUGCACCUACGGCAUCAAGUGCAAGUUCUACCACCCGGAGCGGGCGAACCAGGCGCAGCGUUCCGUUGCGGAUGAGCUCCGCGCCAAUGCCAGGCUCUCUCCAACCCAAAGUGCCACCAAGGAGGAGAGGAAUACCCGCCGCUGCCCCCCGCAAGGGGAGUCGCUGGGUCCCGAGAGUGGCAGUGAGAAGCUCUCCUCGCCAAAAGCCACUUCGGUUGAGAAGAAAGGCUCCGCUCACAAAGGGGGCAAAGCGGUGGACAAAGUGGCCCACUUGCCCAAAGUGGGGGGCACCUCCCCCAAGAAGGGGGGCGGCAGCAUCAGUGGAGGGAGCCACUACCGGCUGCAGGAUUGGUACCAAACGCCGCUGCCCCUGGCCUCCCCCUGCAUGGAUUCGCUCACAUAUGUCUCUCAGGAGCACCUCGACUCUGGGAUCGGCUCCUUGGAAGGCCAACUGUCCGAGAUGUGGCCACACAGCCACUAUGGCCACCAAGAGCCCCUGGGGAGCUACCGGGGGCCUGGUUACCCACAUUCUUGCUCCUCCUCCUCCUCCGGCCCCGAGUCCGGCAGCUACCACCCCUUCCAACCCCAGGGCUACCACCUGCCACUCUCCGGCUCCGGCUCCGGCUUCCUGCCGUACGGCCAAGAGUUGCCUUCCAGCCAGGCACCUCCGCCGCACUCCUUUUCUGGGUAUGCUGUGCCCGCUGACUCUUCUCUGGCUGCAGGGAGGAAGUACUGGUCUGAGCCAGCCUGCCCACCUCCGCGAGAGUUUCCCAGGGCCCCCCGGAUGGCCUACGAGGACAGUCCCCCCUCUCGCCCUCCCUGGCCGGCUCCAGAGCGCCUGGCUGAGGAGCGGGCCAAGAUCCACAUCAAGCUCUGCGGGAUCUUCCAUCCGCACCUGGUGGACGCCGUCAUGAGUCGCUUCCCGCACCUCCUGGACCCCCAGCAGCUGGCAGCCGAAAUCCUCACCUACAAGUCGCAGAACCCCCGGGUCUGAGGGCAGAGGUUCCUGCCUUUUGGUGGACAGGAGUCCAUUCCCUUUGGGUGGCUGUCUGGUCAAGGCGUUGGGGUUGGACAGAGUGGGCCAGGCAGAAACGGGAUUGCCAAACAUGGCCAGGGGACAUGCUGAGCCUUGUCCAUAAUCCCAAUGGGGUUCUCCCACUUGCAGAGGUGAUGAGACCUUAUUUAGUCUGAAGUGAAAUGUCCACUUUCCAUUCAAAAGUGGAGUUCUGCCUGCCCAUUUUGGCUUGCAGACACAUGUUGUGUGUGGCAUUUUCACACACGGCUUUCUUGCACAUUUGUCUGUGCAGCAUGGCUGUACAUUAACCGGUGACAUUGAAUCACUGUCAUGUGAGCACAAAGUUAUGCUCAAUCCUUCUCUUCCCAAUUCUUCGAUCCUUAACCUAGCCAUUUGUGUGCAUAUUCAUUGUGUGCAUAAUAACCCCCUCCAACCACAAUGGCCCCUGGCCACUAAGAUAUCCCCAAAUCAUUGUCCCCUGUGACUUGGUCAGUAGCUUUGCGACUGAUGCUGAAAGUCCAUUCUCAGGUUCUGGCUGUGCUUGCGGCCAGCUACUCUCUCUGGACAUCCCUAACCUCGUGAAAGAUGGGGUGUCUGUCCCUCUCAUUUUGGAGAGAAAGAGGAAAAACUGCUCUGUUUGCUCUCCUUCUCUUAAAUGGCUCAGUCAUGGUGACUGGUAAGUCCGACGUUAAUGGUUCUGGAGCCUUUCGGUAACGAAUCUGUCACAAUUGCCUCCGGCGCCUGACCGCUUCUCCCAUCCCGAGGGCGUGAUUCGCUCACAGGCCAGGAGCAAUUGACCCUGUUGAUGCAUAUUGUAUCCCCCAUAUUAUGUAUUAUGUAUUAAUCUCUUUUAAGAGGUCCGCAGCGUGGCUUUAAGGCGAGGGCACUGUGUGCCGCUUCAGGAGCCGCCUGGACCGGUAAUAAAACCAUAAAUAAUAAAACCGCGUAUGCCUAGUUGAGGAUGAGGAAUCACCAGAGUGUGAUGGUUUCAUGUCAGUAAGCAAAAUGCUUCUUAAUGAUAAGUAGCCACUUGAUCUUAAUAACUUUUGCACAUUUUGUAACUCAGCGAGAUAAUGGUUUGUAAUGGAACGGUAUUUUUUAACAGUCACUCCUUUGGCAGUAAUGGUUCUUUUUGGCUAUUUUGUCCUGCUCAGAGGGCCUCUCCUAGAACUAAGGGUUCAAAAUGCAAUAAUGAAAAAUUAGCUGGAAUGUUUCACUCCUUGGAAAUAGCAAUGUGCAAAUAAUAAUAAUAAUAAUUUUUUAAAGAUUUCUUUCUAAAGCAAUAACUGUUUUGCACAAAUAAAAGGCUUUGUUUGCUCAUA